GGUCGGGUCCUCCCACUAGGGCGCCCCCGGCGGCCAGGGAGAGCUCGGGCCGCGCUGGAGGUCUGGGGAUAAACGUGGAAAGGAAGCGCCGGCACAUGGUGAUUGUCCGCCGCUUGCUGGAGCGAUGAACGAGUUUGGAUUUUACCCGCCGCCAGUGUUCACCCCGCCGGCUCCCUUGCUGCGACCUCCGGUGUUCUCACCACCGCCUGCGCCGUUUUUUCAACAGCAGUGUCCCCCUGCCUGGGACGGGAGGGCGGCGGCUCUAAACCUCGGCCCACCCUGGGGUAUGGUCGCUGGGCACCGCCACACUUCCUGGCUCAACUCCGGCGGCGGCAGCCAGUUUCAGGGUAACCAUGGCCAGUUUUGCCAGAAGUGGCCGAACCAGCAAGCAUCAGCUCACUGGUCCCCAAACACCAAUCAAUAUGACACCAGCACCAAUCAAUAUGACACCAGACAACAACAGCAGAAGAAAAAGAAAAAAAGGGACCCAAUAUUCACACACUUCUGUGAUACUUGUGAUAGAGGAUUCAAAAACGUGGAUAAGUACAACGAGCAUGUGUCACAACAUGUCCAAUGCAAAGUUCAAGGUUGCAGUUUCAAUGCCCAUGAGAAGCUGGUUCAGAUUCAUUGGAGAAAUGCACAUGGGCCAGGAGCACAAAGAAUUAAACUGGAUACUUCAGAAGAAAUUGCCAAAUGGCGUGAGGAGAGAAGGAGGAAUUUUCCAACUUUGGCAAAUAUGACAAGGAAGAGGAAGGCAAGUCAAGAAAAGGAACAACGAGGAGAGAUGUUGCAAACUCAGCAGUUUGGCAAAAUGAAGGGACGUUGGAAAAGGACUUGUAAUGGGAACAAAAGAGAUUUCUGUGGAAGGUUUAAUGACAGGAAUGGGGGCCAUUUCGGUGAAACACACUUUGGUGAGCAGGGAGGCGCAAGUGCAAAGGAGGACACUGGCCGCAUGCAGCCUAAUGAGACUUGCAGUAAGCAACCAGAAAACAAGGAGCCAAAGAAAGGUGGUAAAAGAGAUGUGGACCCUCUCGGCAUGUUGGCACAACAUGACGCAGAGUCUGACAAGGACGAGAGCCGAGCUGGCGAUGAACAAGCAGCAAUCGUCGUUGUGCCAAGCCAGAUAACGUCAGGCCUGAGCGCACUGAUGGGUAAUUACAGCUCAUCAGACAGUGGAAGUGACCAGGAGCCAGAGGAAAUCCCCGUCCGUAUUCCUGUCAAAGCUGUUGAAGAAAACGUUGCACUGGAAUCUGCACCACAAAAUGCAAAUGAGCAGGAAACGAAAAGGUGCAAAAGCAGCAUUGCAGAUUUGGAAUUGGGCGGUCAUUUCAAAUGCAAGGAUAACAGUAGAGGAAGAGUUCGUAACGCACGAGAAAGACGGCCUUGCCGGCAGAAAUUAUCACCUUGGCCAACCCUGCUUGAAAUGUUGUUGGCCAGAGACAUUCGCCAUGAAAGAAAUGUAAUCCUGCAGUGUAUUCGGUACAUUACACAGAACAAAUUCUGGGACCUUGAACCAAAAGUAAAUGGGGCGAGUGUCAGGCCACAGUUGUCAAUAACAUCAAGUGAUGAGGAACCACAUACAAACGGAACUGUAGAAUGUAACAAGACGUCCGGACCUGAGGCCUAUGCACCUGGACAUACUACGAGCCCGAAAGCUGAAAGGAUGGGCCCGGGCCCUUUGCUGUCACCAAGAAGCCCACAAUUGUUGUCCACAGCUGAGCUGCCAGAAGCACCCCUGGUUACAUUGCCUACAGUAGAUGAUGACAUUUGGGAGACCCCGGAAGCCAUCUGUGAAGAAAGAUGAUAAAGAAAUCCUAAACUUGGGAAAAGGGCAAAGACUAUUGGUGAAAAUCUGAGGACUUCCGCAGCAGUUUCUUUGUUUUAUAUGGAGAUUAGAAUUUGUUCAUAAUAAAUUAAACUGCUUAAAAUGUGA